CGCCGCUCUGCGACUGAACAGAGACGAUAGAGAGCUUAGAAAAAGUACCCUGAGGUACAAUGAUUGUUGUAGUUGGACUAAAAGCUUUAAAUAAGACUUGCUGAAGGAAUUGGUUACAUUGUCAUGCUAAAGUGUAUUUGACGCUCUUCAUAUGUGAAUUGUGAUGCUGUAUGAAUAAUUAUACAUUUCAUAGUCUGCUAACCUGACCCACUAGCCUCAAAAACAAACACAGGCAAACACGGAAUUUGUUGCGGUUUUCGUUCUCACCAUAAAACCUAAAGGGCGGAGUGUCAAGAGUAUAAUUAAAGAGCAGAAACGACGCAAGUAGCGCCAUUUGUCUAUAAAAUCGAAGUAAAUCAUCGGCGUCGGCUUGUUGGGUUUAGCCACUUUGCUAAUGAAAUGCUGCUCUCUGUCCUUUAGCGACUGAAUCCGGAUUGGCAAGCUAUAAUUGAUUAUCCUGUCAAGAUUGAUGAAAAUUAAAGUGAUAUACUAUUUUAGGCUGGAACUGCAUCCUGUCUGAAAUUGACUGAUUGCAGCAUCUCUUGUAGUUUGGUGUUGAGCAGGUAGCCAGCAGCUAGCUGAGGUAUCCAGAAGUGGGAGAGGUGCUGUGACACCGUUUCAAAUAUCAGGUGCCCAGAGGGUCUGAUAUUGGAGCUUCACUUCUGUUUCACCACUCACCUAAGUCAAGAAAUGGACGAAAAUGGUGAGAGCAUGGUGGACAUUGUGAAGGACUCUUCAGUAACCUCUGCCUAUAGAUAUACUAAGGAAGAGCUUUUGGAAAUCAAAGAAUUGCCCAUAUCCAAUGAGAGGCCAGAGUGUCUUUCAGAGAAAUAUGACAGUGAUGGAGUCUGGGACCCUGAAAAAUGGCAUGCCUCACAAUACCCCUCUUCCGAAAACAACUGUCCAGCGGAAGGAUACAAGAAAGAUUUUACAGAGGACAGAGUUCCACUAAAACGCAGAAUUGCAGAUCCUCGGGAACGUGUAAAAGAUGAUGAUCUGGAGGUUGUUCUUAGUCCGCAGCGUCGAAGCUUUGGUGGUGGUUGUCAAGUAGCACCCACUGCCCUCCCUCGCCGUCCCAUCAGCCCACUGGAGAACAAAGAAAACGAAUCGCUCCGUCUGGGGGGCUCACGCCGCAUAGGGAGCGGCCGUAUUAUGGCAUCACGUGUAUUUGAAAGAGACCCACGUCUUGACAAGGAAAGGGAGCGAGAGCGAGACUUUAAGGACAAGAGAUUUAGGAGAGACUUCGGGGACAAAAGAGUGUUCAGUGAGAGGAGAAGAAAUGACUCGUAUGCAGAAGAGGAGCCAGAGUGGUUCACUGGUGGACCCACUAGUCAGUCAGAAACAAUUGAGCUCAUUGGCUUUGAUGACAAGAUCUUGGAGGAUGACAAACGAAGGACCAAACGCUCCAGAAAGAAGCCAGAUUUGGUUAAAGGCGUUGAAUGUAAUGGCGUGCUAUCUGAGGAUGCUGGGAUAGUUCAAGAGUCAGGAGCUGAUCAAGAGGUUCCACAUGCCAAAGUUCUUCCUGAGCAAACAUCUGGAGAUUUUGACUUCAAUGAGUUCUUCAAUCUAGAGAAGACCAUGCCUGGCCUGGCUUCGAUGAUUGAAGAUGUUCUUGGUGAGGGUCCAGUCUCAGCUAGCCGUUUCAGCCGCUGGUUUUCCAGUAACUUGAGUCCCUCCGGCAGCCGUUCCAGCAGUCUACGCUCCACCCCUCACGAGGAGCUGGAGAGACUUGCAGGUCUCGAUCCUCAAACUGGAUCUCUGAGUCAGGGCCCCUCCCUAUAUUUUACACCCAUCCCUUCAGUGGAACGUAAAGAAAAGGUGGAUAUAAUGGAGCUGCUUCAUAAAGCAAAUAUCGACCUGAAACCUCUUCUGUCCAGCCUGAAUGUCAAUAAGGCUCGCCUAAAGGAGAGCACGAACUCCGGGGUGGUGUUGUCUCUGGAGGAAGUAGAGGGAGGUCUGAAAGCUUUGAAGGUGCAGCCUGAACCGACUCUGUCACUACCUCAAAGGCAGCUGAGUGGAGGGGGAGGAACUCCCUUUAUGGCAGAACACCUGGAGGAGGCUCUUACUGGUGGAACUGGGUGUGCACCAAGAUCACAAGACCCUGACAUGUCUGCAUUUAACAAGUUAGUGAGCUGCAUGAAGGCAAGUGGAACCCUGCCCACCCACCCCAAAGCCAGCGGGAGCAAUUUACAGCAACAGUCAGUGGAUCCUGCUCUUGUGCCCUUACCUGAGGCUCAAGUACCUGCCUCUCAACAGAAAAACUUCUUUCAGGAGUUGAUGGUUGCCUCUCAUGGCCCUGUUCCUGGCCUCAUACACCACCGCACCUCACCCUCACUCUUCCCACAUAGACCUCCUAUGCAGGAUUUUUACCAUGGCAUGCCUUCUGCAACAGGGUUCCCUGCUGGACCACAGAUGGCGUUGGAUCAACUUCAAAACUUGCAUAGAGUCAGGGCCACUUCACAGCAGAUGAGCGCUUUGCACAUGGGAGUGGACCACACCAAUCUGGAAGCUUUGUUCCAGCAAGAUCUGGCAGCACUUAACCGGCAACGGUACCAACAAGGAUACAACGAACAGGCUCAUGAGAAGGCCUAUCGCAACAGACCACCUCAGAUGAACCGUUCUCCUGGGCCUCACCAGCCUGGAUGGAGCUCACCUGGCAAUGCAGUUACUAGUGUGCUGUCUCCGUCCUUCACUCCCACCUCUGUGAUCAAGAAGAUGUACGAGUCAAAAGAGAAAAUUCGAGAUGAUCCUGUGAGCAGACGAGAGGGCAAAGAAGAGACUGUGAACUUUCAUAACUCACAGGAGGAUGGGCCUGCAUCACCCAGUUCCUUUCUGGAAGAUGUGGACACCAGUGGUCAGAUUCAUGGAGUAAAGGUGUGCUCCACCCCAGUCUCUGCACACAGUCGUCAUAGUAAAGAUCCAGACCGUCCCAGACCUCCUUCCACAACAGGCCACCACACUCCCACCAUGGUUUCCCCAGGACCCUAUUCUCCCUUACCUAGACCCCAGCUGUAUCCAGUCCCUCUGCUUCCCCACGUCCCCUUGGUCAGACCUCCUCCACAGCUUCACCCUGGUGUAAUGCAGAGAAUGCUGGCUCAGGGCAUCCAGCCUCAGCAGCUUGGCCCAACAUUGUUACAGACAGGAAUGUUCCCUCAGGCUGUAGACCUGUCUCAGCUGCAGGGUCUUCCUCCAGCACUCUUAGGGCAGCCUUUGUAUCCACUUGGUGCUAUCGGGCAUCCACUCAUGGCCCCUAGGGCUGCAGGACCACACAUGCAGUUAGCAGUCAUGCAGCAACAGCUUCAACAACAGCAGAGACCCAAUCUGCAUGUAGGUCCAUCAGGUGGCCCCCAGUCACAGAGUCACGGUCCACAUCGGACGAACCAUUCUCAGCGAAGAGGGUGUAGCCCUCCUCUCGGCCUGGCCAAGUGGUUUGGGUCUGACGUGCUGCAACAGCCCCUCCCUUCCAUGCCUUCUAAAGUAAUCAGUGUUGAUGAGCUUGAGUUCCGCCCGUGAUGACUUCCUGUGACCGUUUUGUGGAAGUAAAGCAAGACGUCCCUUCCAUUCCCCACUGUCCUCCUAUAGUUGAAGAGAUGUGAACUUUGAUUUCUACCAUUUAAUGUACAGAUGUCAGAGCCCUGUCUAAUUUUCUGUGCUCUGUCUGAAACCUUGCAGUUACUUAUUUUUUGAGAAGGCCUAAAUGUUAAGGAAAAAAGGAAAGGAUUUAUUUUUCCUGAUGCUUUUGUCACAAAGUAAUGUAGUUUUUCUUUUGUAUUAUGUUAUUGACUUCAGUUUUUGCAGUAAAGAAAGUAAAUAAUGUAUAGGCCUGAAUUGUACAGACUAUGGGAAUGGAUUUUUUCCCACCAUGUACAUAGAAUUGUUUUUUUUUUUUUGUUUAUCUGGCUAUAUGUGGGGAAGGUUGUCCUGCUUUCAGGCGAAGAAUGGAGGCACUGUUGCUUGUUUUUUCUUUUGUCGAGUCACAAUGUUCCGUGUUUGAUCUGGUUGGGAAUGGACCGCAUUGCUGAUUUGUUGGAAUGGAGAUGUAGCGAUUAAAUGCAUCCCUGUUUCAGAGAUACAUGCCCUUAUCUUUAGCUGAAGCAUUGAACCUGGGAUGUUCUGCAAAAACAGGGCAAGGGGACACUCUUGCACCCUAUGCAGAGAAUGCUAGUUGUGCCUUUUUUUUUUUUUUUUUUUUUUAAAAGAAGAAACCCUCCCCACCAUCCUCCCUCUUGCCAGUCUUCUUGGUCACUAAAUGAGAAGCACUGCUCUGAAUCACAUUUGUUUUAAGGUGGCAGGGGUUGGCAAUUAUGUAAUGUGCUACUAAUUUAAGAAGCACAAAUAGUUAAUAAAUAUUAAAAAAAAUAAUAAAAAGUCA